UAUACAAGCUUGCUUAAAAAGAGAAAAGAAUAAAUCAAUGAAGAGAAAUCGUAAUCAGCCUGUCGUCUAGUCCACUUCUCUCCUUCACAGACAUAAAAUAGUAGACUUUCUGCUCUCUUCUCUGUUUUUCCUAGUUGCAGAGAGAGAGCAGCUCUGCUUCUCUCCUUGACGACAUCGUUUUUUCGAUAUAGAGAGAGAAAGAUGUAUGCGGUGAAGCAAAUAUCUUCAUUCAAUCUCCAGGGAUCACCAGGCGGUACAAAGACUGGGUUAAAGAGGAUGACCCAAGUGCCAGUAUCAAGAGCGACUUAUGGUGGAUCAAUAAGAGCAGUGAUAAGCAGUGAAGACAAAAGUACUAGUGUAGAGUCUGCUGAUAAGUCUUUAAGUGGGCGAUCAGUGUUGCCUUUAGGUAAUGAUGAGAGAGCAGGAGGAAUUCAUGUGAAGGCAGUGAUUACUACAAGGAAAAAGAUGAAAGAAAAGAUCAAUGAAAAGUUUGAAGAUCAAUGGGAGUAUUUUGUUAAUGGGAUUGGUCAAGGGAUCUUGAUCCAGCUUAUUAGUGAAGAUAUUGACCCUGUAACCAAGUCUGGAAAGAGUGUACAGUCUUCUGUUCGAGGCUGGUUGCCAAAGCCAUCAAGCCAUGCUCAUAUUGUUGAAUAUGCAGCUGACUUCAUGGUCCCCUCAGAUUUUGGCACUCCUGGAGCUGUUCUCAUUACCAAUCUUCAUAACAAGGAGUUCUACUUAAUGGAGAUUGUCAUUCAUGGUUUUGAUGACAGCCCAUUUUUCUUUUCUGCCAAUACAUGGAUCCAUUCUCAGAAAGAUAAUCCUGAAAGCAGAAUUAUCUUCAGAAAUCAAGCUUACCUACCAUCACAAACACCUCCUGGCAUUAAAGAUCUACGGCGUGAGGACUUGCUUAGUAUUCGUGGUAAUGGAAGAGGCGAGCGAAAGCCUCAUGAUAGAAUUUAUGAUUACGCACCUUAUAAUGAUUUGGGUAAUCCUGAUAAGGAUGGAGAUCUUGCUAGGCCAGUUCUUGGUGGUAAUAAGACUUGGCCUUAUCCUAUGCGCUGCAGAACUGGCCGACCACCAGCCAAGAAAGCUCCUCUUUGUGAGAGUAGAAUCGAGAAGCCACAUCCUGUUUAUGUUCCUCGGGAUGAAACUUUUGAGGAGAUCAAGCAGAACACUUUCUCUGCUGGAAGGUUGAAAGCUCUGCUUCAUAAUCUCAUCCCAACUAUUGCUGCUGCAUUGUCAAGCUCAGAUAUUCCAUUCUCAUGCUUCUCUGAUAUUGAUAAGUUAUACAAUGAUGGUCUUCUCCUAAAAACUGAAGAGCAUAAAGUAAUUCAUCCUGUAUUGGGCAAUGUGAUGAAACAGGUUCUAAGUGUUAGUGAAAGAUUACUGAAGUAUGAAAUCCCCGCUAUUAUAAAAAGGGAUAGAUUUGCUUGGUUGCGUGAUAACGAAUUUGCACGCCAGGCUUUGGCAGGGGUUAAUCCAGUGAACAUUGAGGUUAUGAAGGAAUUUCCAAUUCUGAGUAAACUAGAUCCUGCUGUAUAUGGCCCUCCUGAAUCAGCACUCACAAAAGAUCUAAUAGAACGAGAACUCAAUGGAAUGAGUGUAGAAAAGGCAAUUGAGGAGAAGAGGUUAUUUAUACUUGACUACCAUGACAUGCUUUUGCCAUUUAUAGACAAGAUGAACUCCUUGCCAGGGAGAAAAGCUUAUGCCUCAAGGACAGUUUUCUACUUUAACAAGGCUGGCAUGUUGAGGCCAAUAGCUAUUGAGCUAUCACUUCCUCCAAAACCUUCUUCACCUUCCAAUAAGAAAGUUUACACUCAUGGGCAUGAUGCUACAAUACACUGGAUAUGGAAACUAGCCAAAGCUCAUGUCUGCUCAAAUGAUGCUGGGGUCCAUCAACUAGUAAAUCACUGGUUGCGGACACAUGCUGCUAUGGAACCUUUCAUAAUUGCAACUCAUAGACAGCUCAGUGCAAUGCAUCCAAUAUACAAGCUGCUUCAUCCUCAUAUGCGGUAUACACUAGAAAUAAAUGCACUUGCACGACAAAGUUUAAUAAAUGGAGGAGGCAUAAUUGAGGCCUGUUUCAGUCCUGGGAAGUAUGCCAUGGAGAUUAGCUCUGCAGCAUACAAGAGUAUGUGGCGGUUUGACAUGGAGGCAUUGCCAGCAGAUCUCAUUCGCAGGGGUAUGGCAGAGGAGGAUCCUUUGAUGCCUUGUGGUGUCCGACUUGUGAUUGAAGAUUACCCUUAUGCUUCAGAUGGACUUCUCAUAUGGUCAGCCAUUAAAGAGUGGGUAGAAUCUUAUGUCAAUCACUUUUAUCUGGAACCUAAUUCUAUCACUUCUGAUCUCGAGCUCCAGGCUUGGUGGGAUGAGAUUAAGAAUAAAGGUCACUACGACAAACGAAAUGAACCAUGGUGGCCUAAACUCCAAACCAAAGAGGAUUUAUCUGGCAUACUAACAACAAUGAUAUGGAUCGCAUCAGGUCAACAUGCAGCUUUGAACUUUGGGCAGUAUCCCUUUGGAGGGUAUGUGCCUAAUCGUCCUACACUAAUGAGAAAACUCAUCCCACAAGAGAAUGAUCCUGAUUAUGAGAACUUUAUCCUAAAUCCCCAGCAAAGAUUCCUAUCUUCUUUGGCAACUAAACUUCAAGCCACCAAAGUGAUGGCUGUCCAAAACACUCUGUCGACUCAUGCCCCGGAUGAAGAGUACUUGGGUGAGGCGAAUCAGUUACAUAGCCAUUGGAUAAACGAUCACGAAAUACUGCAAUUGUUCAAUAGAUUCAGAGGUCGAAUAGAGGAGAUAGAGCAGACAAUAAAUAAGAGAAACAAGGACAUUCGUCUUAAAAACAGAAAUGGUGCGGGCAUUCCUCCCUAUGAAUUGCUCCUUCCCUCCUCAGGUCCAGGGGUAACUGGCCGAGGAAUCCCCAACAGCAUUUCUAUCUAAUGGAUUUAAACUGGUUUAAAGUCAGAAUAGGUCUGGUUGUAGCUAGUGAUUGUAUCAUGCUUUGUCAAUGGAUAUUCAGUUCCAAAAUCUCUGCAACAAAGUGGUCAUAUAAUUACGAUUGAAGAAAAUUUUUGUAUCAA